GAGCCGAAGCUUAAAGAACAAAUUAAAAAAGUAGUUAGCAUGGCUUCACUUACAGCAGUUUGUGAGAUAAUGGAUCGGAAGCCUGAAGUGCACCUUGAAUGUCUGCCUUCUGUGGAUGCUCUGAAGAGAUUUAUUUGCUUUUCUCAAUUCAAUGAAGUAUUAAAGAAGCCAUCUUACAUUGAAGAAAAAAGUAGCUUAUGCGAAGAAACAGCAUCUCAAGGAUGGGGGAGAAUUGUUGCACGCUAUGUUCAUGACCAGUGGAUUUGCCUUCGUUUCAUUUUAAAUUCAUUUCCAACACUGGGUCAAGAGUAUGAAGAAACUUCAGAAAUGUCAUUAUCUACAGUUGAAAGGUCAAGAAAAACUCUAGAGUCUGCAUUAGAAGCCCUAACUAUUCUUCCUUCAGACCAAGUUUUACCUGUGUUUGACUGCAUGAAAGUCCUUGUUCCCAAGCUUCUGGACUCAGCAGAGUCACUCUGCAUUGAAGCAUUUGAUUUGGCUUGGAAAAUUGUAUCCUCUUUGAGCAACACGCAGCUAAUAUUCUGGUCCAAUCUAAAAGCUUUUGUUCAGUUCGUCUUUGAUACUGAGGUUCUAGCUGUUGCUGCAAGUGCAAAGCGUCAAGCAUAUGCCAAAAUAAAAGAGAUAAUUUUCAAGCUCCUAGAUAUGUCUACUACAAAGACUGGAGUCUUCAAUGUAGUCCUUAGUCAUUGUUGUCAAUCUUGGAUAUAUCCCACUGUCGAUGAGAGAAGUGCCUUAACAAAUGCUUUCUUAAAUGCUGGAAAUUAUUGUGAACUUAUCACUGAGGCUUGUGUCUUUGGAACUGUAUUUAGGAGAGAUCAAAGACUUACUCAGGAUGUGCAUGCCUUCAUAGAAAAUCUUGGAGAAAAAUGUGCAGCAAAUGUUGUUACAGAAAGUACAAAUCGAGAUGAUCACUACGUUCGGGUUUGUGCUAUUAAAUUUCUGUGCUUGUUGGAUGGAUCAAAUAUCUUGCAUAAGACGUUUAUGGAAGACAUUUUCAUCAAACUGCUUGAUAAAGAUGAACUGGUAUCCAGAGCUAGAACACGCUAUUAUGCAAACUCUUUACAGCAUAGAAUUAAAAACCGAGUAUGGCAGACACUCUUAGUUCUUCUUCCGAAGCUUGACCAGAAUUUUUUGUGUGGAACCCUUGACAAAGUUUUCCAGGCUGGAUUUGGUAACAAUCAGGCGUCUGUGAAAUACUUUAUAGAAUGGAUUGUUAUCUUGAGUCUACAUAAAUACCCCCAAUUCCUUAAUAAAUUCUGGGAUUGCUUUUGCUAUGAUGAAGAAAAGCUUAAAACAAGCAUCUGCACAUUUUUAUCAGUGUUAUCGCACUUCGACAUCGUUCUUCAAAAUACCUCAGAGAAGAAGCCAGCUUUGAAGAAAGCCCUCCUAGUUGUUCUACAGUGGUGUUUCAACCAUAAUUUCAGCGUUCGACUUUAUGCAUUAGUUGCCCUUAAAAAAGUCUGGGGUAUGUGCAGAAUGUUGCAUGUGGAAGAAUUUGAAGCUCUGACACCAGUUAUUGAAUCUAGCCUCCAACAAGUGGAAAAUAUGCAUGGCACAGGNAAUUCUAAAAGGAACUGGCAGCGAAUCCAGGAUCAUUUCUUCUUUGCAACAUUUCAUCCACUGGAGGAUUAUAGUCUAGAGACAAUAUUUUACACUCUUCCCCGCCUUUCGGAACUUGCUGAAGAUGAAUGGAUCUCACUUGCUAAAUUUGACAGAUUCACUGACGUUCCUUUGCCACCAACAUUUCAGUGGUAUCAUUCUCGAAUGGAACUUCUUGAUCUGAAACCAAGUGACUGGUCUCAGCAAGACAUGGGUUCAAAUUCAGUUGAAACAGAUAGCCAGACAGAAUGGACUGAUGUUCAGAAAAAGAUUAUACCCUGGAAGAACAAUACUCCUAGUUUAGACCUGGAAAUUGUAUUUCAGGAUCGGGCCGCUAAACUUGGUAAAUCAAACAGUAGACUGAUUGUGGUGGCUUCACUUAUUGAUAAACCUACCAAUUUAGGAGGUUUAUGUCGUACAAGUGAAAUAUUUGGGGCAUCUGCACUGGUUGUCGGCAGUCUUCAUUAUAUACAGGAUAAGCAGUUUCAGCAUCUUAGCGUUUCUGCAGAGCAGUGGCUCCCCCUGGUUGAGGUGAAACCAUCUCAGCUUGUUGAUUAUUUACAGCAGAAAAAAACGGAAGGCUACACUAUUAUUGGUGUGGAGCAGACAGCUAAAAGUUUUGAUCUUACAGAAUAUUGCUUUCCAGAGAAGUCACUAUUACUGCUGGGAAAUGAACAUGAAGGAAUCCCAGCAAAUCUGAUUCACCACCUGGAUGUCUGUGUGGAAAUUCCUCAGCAGGGUAUUAUUCGAUCACUCAAUGUUCAUGUAAGUGGAGCUCUGCUGAUUUGGGAGUACACAAGGCAACAAGUGAUCAAGCAAAAGCAACAAAAAUAACUGCCAGGAGUUUUGUGCCUUAUAGUACAGCUGGGUGACUUACUGUGGUGCUACAAUGUAAAAUUCUGAAUAGAUGAGAUACAAACUCAGGGUGAAUAAGGAUUCUUAAGUUUGGCAUGUUUUGUUCUCUGUAGUUCAGACUGAUUUUUUUAAAUGCCUUAAUACUUUACCCCCUUAAAUAAAACUGUUGCAUUGGAAAUAA